AUCGGUUACAAUCUGUGUUCCAGAUCAGGAAAUGAAAAUGAGCUGAGAGACAUGAUCACUAGGUGCAACAAUGUUGGGGUGAACAUCUAUGUUGAUGCAGUCAUCAACCACAUGUGUGGAGCAGGUGGUGGAGCCGGUACCCACUCGAGUUGUGGUUCAUAUUUCGAUGCCAACAGCAAGGAUUUCCCUACAGUUCCUUACUCCAACUUGGACUUCAAUGACGGCAAAUGCAACACUGGCAGUGGAAACAUUGAGAACUACCAGGAUAUCAAUCAAGUGAGAAACUGUCGUCUGGUUGGUCUUCUGGACUUGGCUUUGGAGAAGGACUAUGUGCGUGGUAAGGCGGCCGACUACAUGAACAAGCUGAUUGACAUGGGAGUGGCUGGGUUCAGAGUGGACGCCUGCAAGCACAUGUGGCCCGGUGAUCUUUCUGCUGUCUAUGGCCGUCUCAAUAAUCUGAACACAAUGUGGUUUUCAUCUGGUUCCAGGCCUUUUAUCUUCCAAGAGGUUAUUGAUCUCGGUGGGGAGCCCAUUACAUCAGGCGAAUACACUGGAAUUGGAAGGGUGACUGAGUUCAAGUAUGGUGCCAAGCUGGGCAAUGUCAUCCGCAAAUGGAAUGGAGAAAAACUCUCCUACGUCAAGUAAGUAAAGUUGCGGAUUUACAUUACUAUUAAUUA